CGCAUGGUUCAGUACGUGUGACUUGCCUUGUUCAAGGUGCAAGCAUCGUCUUCUCAUUUCUGCAAUAUUCAGCUCUUCCUAAAGGUUUAUCCGUUUAUUUAUUUUGUUGCUUGUCUUUGGAAUCCGUUGUGAAGGUGCCCAACAACAAGAAGCUGUGGAUUCACUAAACAAACACGCAAUGAUGCUCGAGACCAGCAAAGAUGACCUGCUGCUGUUUCCGUCAGAGGGCAGUGAUGAGGCCUUUUUCCCAGCAGAGAGCUUGGCUAGUGGUGGUCAGUCCUUGGCAGAAGCUUUGCUGCCUUUGGUUGCGUCUCCGUCUCCUCCUCUGAACUCGUGGCUCUGCUCCACCCGCUACAAGACGGAGCUGUGCAGCCGUUAUGCGGAAAGUGGCACGUGUAAGUAUGCAGAGCGAUGCCAGUUUGCUCACGGCCUUCACGAUCUCCACGUGCCCUCACGCCAUCCCAAGUACAAGACUGAGCUGUGCCGCUCCUUCCACGCUGCCGGUUUCUGCAUGUAUGGAAGCCGCUGUCUGUUUGUGCAUGGCUUAAAGGAGCAAAGACCAGUUCGGCACAGACGUCGCAAUGUUCCCUGCCGCACAUACCGCGCCUUUGGUGUAUGCCCCUUUGGCACACGCUGCCACUUCCUCCAUGUUGAAGGUGGUUCCGAGUCAGAUUGUGCUGAGAAGACCUGGCAUUCACCUUCCCGUGCCAGUGAAUGGAAACCCCGUGGAGCCCUCUGCCGCACCUUCAGUGCUUUUGGCUUUUGCCUGUAUGGCACUCGCUGCAGAUUCCAGCACGGCCUCCCUAAUACAGUAAAAGGCCUCGACAUGAGCCAAGCAUGGUCACCACAACUGCCUGGUAGGGCGCUUUCACCUGCCUCAGAUAUGCAGUCCUCCUCUCCAUCAUCUUCCUCAGCCUCCUCAUCACCUCAGUCGUUGCUGGCAUCACCUGCGUUCCCUGAUGACUCUGGACCUGUCACACCCCCGUCUGCAGAAGUGGUGGCCAACAAUGCUUUCACUUUCAGCAGUCAGCACCUGAACGACCUGCUGCUGCCGCUGGCCUUCAGACUCCAACAGCUGGAGCAAGCAUCUAACCUCCGUGCUGGUUUGCUGGACCAACCAUUGCUGCCAUAACGUUAACGCAUGUCAAUACUUUUGUAAAUUAAUGGAUUUUUGAUGGCCUUUAUUUUUAAUUUUUUUUUAAAUGGCUUUUUUUGUGUGAAAUUUAGAUGCCUUUUACUGCUACUUCAAGUCUGUCCAUUGGUCCAAGUCUAUUGGUGGCGAGUCUAAUUUGGUGCAUUAGGCUGCUGUAAAUUGUAUUUUAACCUGUUGUAUGUGUAUAUAUGGAGCCUUUGGGACAUGAUGUGAAUGUGUUAUUUAUGGAUUUUUAAUUUAAAUUGUGCUACUUAAAUUAUUGUUUCAGGAUUGGCUUCGUCUGCAUCCUUUGAUCUUAAUAAAACCACUGACUAUCGUUAGUGCGAUUCUCAACAAAA